AUGGUAGAUAUCUACGUCGCCGUCUGGGUCUCAGUGGAUGGCUCAUUUGCUCCUCCGGACAAAACCUCUUCGCCGCUCAAUACAUUGGAAACUCCUCCGCUAUUCAAGAAACUUUCACAGGCCCACAACAAAGCAUUUGAAUUGUCGUCACAGGGCGAGGGGCUGGCGCUUGCCUUCUGCCGCGGCGUUGUUGAGGCGCACGGAGGCCGCAUCAGGACGGUUGUGGAUGAACAGGAGGGCAACCUGACACUGACCUUCACUCUCUUGACAGUGGGAGAAGAGGACGACAUUCAGAUCCCCGAAAUACGGGAGAUUGCCGGAGGGCCAUUGCCGGUUCCCGCGGAGCAGACUCAGAUCCUCGUCUCAAUUAAAGACCCCAAAUUGCUGGCCACGGUUCGCAAAGUCCUGGUUAACGCGGGCUACAGCGCUCUAGCAACAUCCAGCUUGGACGAGGUUGAGCAACUUGCGUCGUCGCUAAAGGCGAAACUGAUCCUCUUGGACAUUGCUGGCAGAGAAGAAGAAUGCUUUCGCACAUUGCGGCGUGCCGGGAAUUCGCUGAACCUUCCGGCCAUUGUGCUCUGUGACAGGGACGAUGAGGAAUAUGUCGUGCGCGCUUUCGAAAUGGGGGCGGACGGCUAUAUGGUAAAACCCUUCUCGCCUUCCGAACUGAUCGCAAGGAUAAAAGCGACCCUUCGAAGGUUGACCGCCAACGGAUCAUUUACCGACAGCAAGACGUUUCAAUUGGGUGAGGUGCUGAUCAAUUACGAUGAGCGAAUCGUCUACGUAACAGGUCAACCGGUGCAACUGACGGCGACGGAGUACAGAGCUGCUCACCGAGCUCUCCAAUUCCGCAGGCAAGGUUCUCAUACAGGACGUGUUGCUUCAGAGGGUUUGGGGACCGGAAUACUCGGGGGACCCCCAGCUUUUGCGCUCCUACAUAAAGUCCCUUCGCCAGAAGCUUGGAGACAAUGCGCGGAAUCCUUCGUACAUCUUCACCGAGCACGGUAUUGGCUACCGUAUGGCAAAGUCUUUCCCCGCGGCCGAUCGUCCCGGACUCGUGAGUUCGGAACCCCGAGGUGCCGCGACAGCCGCCCAAAGGAGCAAACCGGCUUUAUAAAGGAACAGUGCACGGCUCCGGUAUAUCGCACAACGACAGGACUUCGGUGGCUAGUAAGCUCCUUAAGCCCCGAUCCACCGAACGAGGGCGUGCGAGAGGCCUCCUGA